UUCUUUUUUUCUUUGUGUCUUUGCCCCAUUAUUAUCGCUACGCUUACCGUUGAUCUUUGUCCCUUCUCGCUUCACGUGUCGCUGCGAAAUCAUCACCAAAUGCAAACCGCAGCCAGCGCCGCCGCCGCCGCUUCGAGCUCAUCCCACGUCCACCAGCCGCACCAGCCCGUCAGCGUCAAGCAGAUCUUCCCCUUUGUACGGAAGCCAAGCAGGCUGAGCUCGCGCAACCGACCGUCCAAGAGCGACCCGCGCCCGCUCGCCCGCUUUUACCACGCAGACCACAAGCUGAGCAAGGCCGUUGCGCGUCUCGACGCAGCCACCGUCGCUGCCUCGUCCGCCUCCACCGCCGCCCCGUCGGCAUCCUCUUCAGUGUCGUCGCCGUCGUCGGCUCGUGCAGGGGCGUCUGGAUCUCCGCCGGCUGGCUCGAGUGGCAGCGCGUCGGAGUUGUCCCAAUUGAAUCAACUGAACGGUGGUGGCGUCGUUCAGCCACAGCCGAGCCAGGCCGCCGUCGCCGCUGCAGUCGCAUUGGAGGCGGCCAUGGCCAAGGUCCACACACUGCAGGCGACCACCCUUGCGCUCAUUCUCGAGAUUAUCGCUGCGCGACCCAACGCCGCCACCAUUUUCGCCGACCGAUCCUACCGCACACGAUUUCCGAGUGACGUACAAGUGCAGCUCGAGGACAGGUACCUCGAGCACGUCCUCUUUGCUGCAGAGUCCAUCGCUUCGGGAAUGCCCAUCCUGGACGUGUCAGACGACCAGGAGGGCUUGGAACCGAACGAACAACCCGUGCCGCCACAUCUCGUCCCUCCAGCAAGACAGUUAUGCGCGUCGUUGCAGGCCCUUCGAUUCCGACUGCAGAUGCAAGCUCUGACAGAUGUGGCCGGCGAUCUUGAAGCACUGUCGGACGUGCUGCACGAUUUCGAUACGGCGUGGUGCACUUUUGAAGAAGCGUGCAUCAAACACACGCUUGCAUCCGCCGUCGAGCAAGUCGACAUUGCUCAGGAGCAUCGCCAGAGGAUGGCAGUGCUCAUGAGCGAGACUGUCAUGUGGGCGAUGGAGCACAACUAUGUCACAGUGGAGCAGAUUCAAGACUACGAGCCGUCGUUGAUGAUUACGCUCCCUCGUCUGGCUUUGAUAUGUGGAUUGAACAUCCACCCCGAUGGCAUCGACGUUUCGCCAGAAGGAGCCAUGUCUAUGCUGCAAGAACAAGUGAACGAGCUCACGUGCCUCAAGGCGCUACUCGCCCCAUUGUCGGAGGCCCAGAUUGACCGCUUGUGUCGCAUGCUGAUUGCGUCAAACUCGGUCGACGACUUGUCAGAGCCACCAACACCGUCCGCGUUGCCUGUGAUGGCGCCGUAUGGCACCCUUCGUUCAGAACUUGCUCGAGUUUUUGCCUUCCCCGCUCGGAGACCAAGCAAUGCUUCCUCGUUGGGUCCCGACUCGUUGUUGCGCUACAGCUUGACAAGCAUCAAGCAAGGCCCUGGUCCCGGCAGUGCUGCUGCAACCAGCAAACUCAACCAUGCUUUGACGCCGGAUGCGACGCCCCAAAGUUUCACAGACCCGUUUCAGACGAAUGCUGCUCCCGAGCCUCUUCCUUCGCUCCAGCUCUUGUUCAAGCAAGUAUCCGCGGUUGCCGACACCCUUCAUAGUGGGCCGCAUGCCAAAGAGCUUGUUGAAAUUCUCAAAACCGUGUUUGGGAUGUACAAUGACGCUGCUCGAUGAAUUGCCUUUGAGGGCUGCUGUUUUUUUAGGAAUCGGAUUAUUGAGAAACUGUCGUUUAGGAAAAUCAAAAGCUAGUUUAAUAUAGCGGUAGUAGCUG